AUGCCCUCCAAACAACCCGUGGCCGGGCCAUCCCGCCCCAAACUUUCCACCGCCACCCAAGCACCUCCUCCACCUUCAGUCUCCGGUUUCAACUCCUCCCGGACACAAUGUGCCAUGGCUUUGCCAGUCCUUGGCUCGGCCGACAAAGUCACCGUUUGGGACAUCACAAACAAUCGUGUUGUGUCUGAAUGGCAAGUCGAGGGUGCUGCCAAAGUCGCCACACUCUGUUGGGCAUCAACGCCUAGUCCUACCAGACGGAGAAAGAGAAAGAACAAGGCCAAUGAAUCUCAUGUAAUCGACGAGGAAGUUCUCGUCAUCGCCACGCAGAAUGAAGCCGUCAUCUUCUCACCCAGCCGGUCGGAAGUUGUACAGCGCUUAUCUUUGUCAACACCAGUGACUGCUGCCUGGUCCGACGAUCGCAGAGUCUUAUUGUCCACGGUCUCGUCACUGCUCGUGCUGUCACCUGACUUGUCUUCCAUCUCCUCAACUAUCCCUUUUUCAUCAGGUAUCGCCUCUCCGACAGCAGUUGCCAUUCUGCCCUCUUCCUCCCGUACUACCCUACAUGUCCUCGUCGCCAACACUUCCAUUUCUUGCAUUCAUGUAGACCUCGAAUCUGCCCAAGUCACACACACCUCGUCACCUCUACCUGCGUCCACAUCUACCGUCUCUUCCAUUCUACCUCUCCCUUUUUCACCAGUCGGGUAUUCAUUCCUCGUCGUGUCAGAGGAUGACCGAAUUGUCUCCCAAUAUACUCUCAAGACGCCCACAGCGCCGCUGAAACUAUCAUACCGCUUUGCCUCCCCGAUCCUUUCACCUGCUCACUCUGUAGCCCUCUCACCUACCUAUCUAUCGGUGCUGCACUCUUCGGGCGAGAUUUCUGUCUUUCCUGUUCCUACUGAACUUGACCUCGUUCGACCAAAAUCCGAUUCCAACCCUUCUUCCGUCAAAGUGGUAGAAGGCAAGGAUGAACGACAAGCUCGAGUCUGUCGUCUCACGUUUGCUCCCGACUCGGAGACCCCAAGUACGCUGCUUUGUGGACGGCUGACCGGUGGCGGCCGUGUCACUUGGCAUCGUGCCGUCCUCGAACACCCGGAAGGGGGGUUGAAAAAAUUGGUCACGGUCAAAUGUGAAGCUCAAGACCUGGUCAAUGUCAAUGGGUCAGUCAAUAAUAUCGCCCCUCAUCGUUUCGCUGCUCCCACCGGUGUGGUUGAAGCUCCUCCCGAUGACAUCGAAGACGAAACCUCUGCUCGAUUGCCGAAUGAUGUGCAUGUAGCCGACUUGUCCCUCGGUGAACGUUUGUUAGCUCUUCCAGACGCUGCGGCUGCGCCCAUCGUCAAUGGGGAUGCGGCUCCAACCAAGGCCAUCUCUGCUCCUGUGGGCCCAGUCAACGCUUCUUCUUUAACUCGACUUUUAGUCCAAGCGCUGCACACUUCCGACCCUGCGCUACUGGCCAUGUGUCUUGCUCAUCGCAAUCCGACGCUCGUUAGGAACACGAUCCGCAAAAUGCCUGCUCAAUUGGCUCUUCCCUUGCUCAAAGCAUGCGUCGAGCGGUUGGGGCAAGGAAAGGGUGCCAACAAACGCGGCGGUGGAAGGGGUGUCUCUCAGUCGGAGCAACAGGCUAGGGGUACCGUAGAGUGGGUCAAAGGUGUGCUAGUAGAACGGGGAGCAUUGUUGAUGACUAUGCCAUCUUUACCCAUACACCUGGCUGCGCUCUCUCAGCUUCUGUCUGCUCGUCUGCAGCUGUACCAGCCUCUCCUCUCAUUAUCGGGUCGACUCGACCUCGCGUUGACUCAAAUUACCAUGCGACGUCUCGCCACUCAGCAAGGGCAGGGACACAUCGGCGGUGAUGCCAACGAGGCAGUACGGUACGUUGAAGGCGAGAGCGAUGAGGACGAGAUUCCGAUUGAAGCAAGCCAUGAUGACGAGGUCGAAAACAUUGGGAUCCUUAUGAAUGGCACCGCAAACGCGCAGGAUGAUCAAGAAUCCGAUGAGGAAGAAGAAGAUGAUAGCGACGACGAUGUACUCACGUCAGAUUCAGAGGACGGGCGAAGUGAAGUUGUCGAAGGUGUGGAGGAGAGCGAUGAGGAAGGUCUAUCCGAAGAGGAUUAA